GGCGUCUCCGUGGUGGUGAAUCUGUGAAUCUCGCAAAGUAUCUGCACUAGGGCUAGGGCAUAACAUUCGCAACCAUGAAUUGUGAAACAAGAAAUAAGCUACAGUUACUAUCUCUUUAUCUUCAAAAUCUCCCCAAAACCAUUCCUUUGAUUCUAAUGUGAGUAACAUUUUUUCGCGUGUUAAGUUCUCAGUCUCAUACUGACUACACAGAAACUAAAAACACCAUACAAACCUCUCGUCAAGUGGCAUGAUAUGGAAUCCACUAUCCUUGGCAAGCGGUCCGCUGAAGAUUUGCCUCCUGCUGGUCGAAUGCCUCCUCCACCUGAAGCAGGGACAGUGGACUCGGACUCAGACUCGGACUCAGCAGAAUUUGACAAUGGUGCAGAUUGGUUGGAUGAUCCAGCUGCUCUUUCAGAGUUUAGGACAGUGGAGAAAGAUUUGUUCGUGCUUGCGGCAUCCAGCGGUAUUGAUUUGUGUGCACCAGUCGGAUUCUGCACCAACAAAGAAGGCCGCAAAAACCUUGUCUCCAUCCGUCCCUGACCCUUCUGCUUGGGAUGAGUGGAAAGUUGA